AUGGCGGUAACCGAGCAUUCGAUGAUCUUGUUUCCUCUGAGAAUUCUCCAGUUUCUCUUUGCUCUUAUUGUCGCUGGCACAAUUGGUUAUGGUGUUCAUUGGUACAAUCAGGGCGCAUCGAAUAGUCCAGCCAGCAUGAACUUUCUCCUGUUCAACUGCGCAUGGACAUUUCUCAUCAUUCUCUACGCUAUACUCGGCCCUAUUUUCCUGUCGUCUCUCGCGGACACUACACAUGCUUACGCCAUCUUCGCUAUCGACGUGGUGACGAUGAUUUUCUGGUUCGCGGGAUUCAUUGCUUUAGCCGUCUUUCUCGGCGACUUGGAUUUCUGCAUUGGCACUGUGUGUCCAGACCUGCGCGCAGGCUGUGUCUUUGCGGCUUUUGAAUGGGUUCUCUUCGUAGUAAGCUCCGUCAUCAGCGGCAUACGCGCAUUCCGCGCUCGGGGCGCAGCGGCACCUAAGCCUGCCACGCAGCUCAAUACUCUCUAA